GUGUAAAGAAUGAUGUCUGUCGAUUUUUCGCGUAUUUAAUUUCAAAUUACUGUAGAAAUAGAUAAUUUAAAUGGGUUAAAUCAAUUAAAAAUAACGAAUAUAUAAUUCAUAUUUGUGUUACGUCCUUUUUAAACUAUAAACACAAAAAAAAUGGAAUCCGAGACUAGUCGUACACUGCGACGUCAUAAGCAGGAAGAAGACACCUGGCGGCGACGUUGUGGCUGUCUCCGGACCAGCGAGAAAUUGAAACAGAUUCUUGAUUCGUUUCCCCCACCCCCACCACCAACACCAGACCAUGCAGAGAAGAAGUCCAUUACCCCUCUAGGAAAUAAUUGUAUAUCCGCAUAUUGCACACAUGUUCAUCAAACUUGCCCGUCAACUAAAUUGGGGAGAUUUUGCGAAGAAUCAUCAGAAAUUUGCGCAGAGCAAUCUUUAAAAGUAAAUAGUCAUUCGUGGCGAAUUGUGACCGAGCUGGUGCAACUGCUCCAGCUGUCGGUGACCGCGACUGCGCUGGCGUUGUACUACCUAAUUUACUGCUACAUGCAAUUAAUCUAUUACACUUUGAGGAGCGCUUUGUACUUUCAUAAUGCUGAUGGUGCAAUGAAGAUAACAAUAGGCGUUGUUACAAUAACGUCCAUAUUUGUCGCCUUUAACCUGAUAAUAAGACUCGAACGCUUCAUUGGAGUAUUUUAAAGAUAAAUUAAUGCAAUUUUGUAUUUCGUUAGGACAUUGCUUUAAUACAUUUUUAUUAAUC